AAUAAUACUUUUAUAAACAAGAAACAACCAAAGAAAAUACACCCGAGAAGAGGGACGGAUUGUUAAUUUUUUAUUCUAAAUUUAUUCAUUGUUACUGAUUUAUUUAUCUCUCAGUUUACCUUCAUUUUGGGAAAACCUCAAAUAAGCUAAGGAGAACAAAAUAACAUUCAACUGUUUCAAAAUAAGAAAUCUACUUGUGACUUAAAAGAAGAAAACCUCACAAGUGUUUAGUGACACCGACCACCCAGGGGUUUCUUUGCCUUUUCCACAGCCUAUGUAUUUGGAUUUGGCAUUUUCCGCCCGCCGCCCUCCUACUAUGGUGAUCAUGGAAGUCCCCAGCAUCGAUGCCGUGUCCCUCCGCGGGCUGCUGGAGGGGGAAGACCCGGGCUGUCUGGUCCUGGACUGCCGCUCAUUCUUCUCCUUCAACUCCUCUCACAUCUCCGGGUCCACCAACGUCCGCUUCAGUACUAUAGUCCGCCGGAGGGCCAGAGGGGGGCUGGGGGUGGGACACAUCGUGCCCAACGAGGACACGCGGAACCGGCUUCUCUCAGGGGAGUAUCGGUCAGUGGUGUUUCUGGAUGAUCGGAGUUUGGACUUCGGCCAAGUGAAGAAGGACGGGACUCUAAUGCUCGCCGUGACAGCUCUGUGCCGAGACCCGUGUGGAGCCAGUGUCUUCUUUCUCAAAGGUGGUUUUGACACGUUCUCCUCGGAAUAUCCAGAGAUGUGCACCAAGCCGUCAGCUCCACAGGGACUGAGUCUGCCCCUCAUCGCCCGGCCAGACAGCGCCGACCCCGGCUGCAGUCCAUGCAGGACACCGCUUUAUGACCAGGGUGGUCCAGUGGAGAUCCUUCCCUUCCUCUACCUGGGCAGUGCCUACCAUGCCUCCAGAAAGGACAUGUUAGACAUGCUGGGUAUCACUGCUCUUAUCAACGUGUCAGCUAACUGCCCCAACCACUUUGAAGAGUCCUUCCAGUACAAGAGUAUCCCUGUAGAGGACAACCACAAGGCUGACAUCUCCUCCUGGUUCAACGAGGCCAUAGAGUUUAUCGACUCCAUCCGUAAUAAAGGCGGCCGUGUGUUUGUCCACUGCCAAGCCGGCAUCUCCCGCUCCGCCACCAUCUGUCUGGCCUACUUGAUGAGGACCAACCGCGUGAAGCUGGACGAGGCCUUCGAGUUCGUCAAGCAGCGGCGCAGCAUCAUCAGUCCUAACUUCAGCUUCAUGGGCCAACUGCUGCGGUUUGAGUCCCAGGUCCUGGCUACGUCGUCCUGCUCGUCGGAGGCCGGGAGUCCUGCCCUGGGGAAGAGCAGUACGGUCUUUAACUUCCCAGUGUCUAUCCCCAUCCACGGCUCUGCUGGACAUGGACAGCUCUCCUUCCUCCACAGCCCCAUCACCACCUCACCCAGCUGCUAAGGUGGAGAGUAGGAUCAUAUGGAGGGUUGUCUGUCUUAGCCUGGACUUGAACUGUACUGUCACAAUACUGGUAGUGCCAGGGUAGUGCCAGGGUAGUGCCAGGGUAGUGCCAGGGUAGUGACAGGGUAGUGAGUGACAGGGUAGUAACAGGGUAGUGCCAGGGUAGUGCCAGGGUAGUGCCAGGGUAGUGACAGGGUAGUGCCAGGGUAGUGCCAGG